UUUUUUUUCUUUAUAUUCAAAAAAAAAGUACAUAUAUAUAUAUAUAUAAACUAUGCCUUCAUUUUCUUUGACUAUAGCAGCUUCUUUGGCACUUGUUUCUCUUUUCAAUGGAGUAGCCUCCUUCCCAUCAGGCAAUGCUACUAUCUCGUCAUGGGCACCCAAUCAAUCCAACAUUAGUCUCAAGAACAUGUUCACCAGUAUCAAUCCUCCCAACACAGCUCGUGGUUUCCUUGCUGCUUCUCUUUCUACCUCCAGUCCCAAUUAUUACUAUAGUUGGACCCGUGAUUCUGCUCUCUCUUACCGUGUCUUGGUCAAUCAACUUCGUUCAGGUGCAAAUUCUACCAUUGAUGGUUAUCUCCAAGAUUAUGUGGCCUUUUCUCAAAAUAGUCAAUCUGUCAAUACUGUGUGUAAUUGUCUUGGUGAACCUAAAUUCAAUCCUGAUGGAUCAAGUUUCUCUGGUCCUUGGGGAAGACCACAAAACGAUGGACCUGCUGAACGUGCCAGUACUUUGAUUCUUUACGCUGGUUCAUCUUCUAAUACCGACUUGAAAACAAUUAUUUACAAGGAUUUGGAUUAUGUUACUACUGUUUGGGAUAAUCAAAACUUUGAUCUUUGGGAAGAAGUCAAUGGUCGUCACUUCUUUACCUACAUGGUGAUGCGUCGUGGAUUACUUGAUGGUGUGGAUUAUGCAACCAAGAACGGUGACACAGAUAAGGCUUCCUCCUACAAGGCAGUAGUAGCUAAUAUUGAAAGUAGAAUCAACAGUUUCUGGCAAUCGGAUCAUAUCACUGUCACUAUUGAUCAAGCAAGUGGUGUAUCAAAACCAAGCGGAUUGGAUGCUUCUGUUUUAAUUGCUUCUAAUGUUGGUAGUCGUGCUGAUGGUUUCUUUACACCAGGAUCUGACAAAGUUCUUGCUACAGCUGUCAAGAUUGAAGCUGCUUUUGCUAAUCUUUAUAAUAUCAACAAGAACAAGGCUGAUUAUCUAGGUACUGCCAUCGGAAGAUAUCCUGAAGAUGUAUAUAAUGGUACUGGAACAAGUACUGGUAACCCUUGGUUUAUUUGUACGAAUGCGUUUGCUGAAUUAUAUUACCGUGCUAUCAAGGAAUGGACGGAUGCUGGUUCAGUCAAGGUCACUGAUAUCAGUCAACCUUUCUUUGCCAAGUUUGAUUCUAGUGCUACUUCUGGAACCACCUACACCGCUGGCUCUUCAGAAUUCACCAGUUUGGUGAAUAAUAUUGCUAAUGCUGCUGAUCAAUUCCUAUCCACCGUCCAUUAUCAUCAACAUGCCAAUGGUUCUCUCUCUGAACAAUAUAACCGUGAUACUGGAUAUAGUCAAGGUGCUUAUGAUCUUACUUGGAGUGGUGCAAGUAUGGUGACGGCUCUCAAUGCAAAGGCUGGCAAUCCUGAUUUGUAAAAUCAUUAUUUAUUUAUAUUUUUUUUAUGUUUGUACUAUGAUUCCAAAUAAUAAUAAUAAAAAAAAAAAAUCUUUAU